AUGAUCAAAUUAUUCGAUCGAGAUUAUAGCGGCUGCAUCGAGUUUAAUGAAUUCACCAGUCUAUUCUCUUACAUAGAACAGUGGAAAACCUGCUUCCAGCGUUUUGAUCGGGAUAACUCAGGAGCUAUAGAUGCAUCUGAAUUUAAAUGCGCCCUUCAAACAUUCCGGUAUAACCUUUCAGACUCGUUCAUUCAGCAAAUGGUGCGACGUUUUGACCGUACUCGGACAGGACAAGUGGCGUUCGACGACUUUAUCCACGCCUGUGUGUGCUUACAAGUGAAACACGUGAUGAAACCUAGGCUUUCGAGUGUUUUACAGCUCGAGAGCCCGAUUUCACGUCCUACUGGUGAGCAUCUUUCGACGCUUUUUGCACCGCGGCAUUGA